UUAUGUAUCUUAGACUGGCUUUGUACUUGCUAUAUAUCUGAGGGUCAUCUUGAACUUCCAUCUCUCUGCCUCUACCUCCCAAAUGCAGGGAUUAUAGGCAUGGGCCACACUGUGCCUGACUUACUUCCUCCUUUCUUAUAUCCCCCCAAAAUGUCAUUAUUGGUGUCCUGCCCUGAAGCGCACAGAGUAGCUGGGCCUCUCUGGCUGCUUUCUGUAGCUUUUUGUCCUUAGUGCCACCCUAGAGGUCCCUUCCUAGGACUUGGCCUGGGCUGGAGGCAUCUGAUGCCCCUUUGGUCUGAGACAGUACCACCCAGCAACCCUGCUCCUGCUGUCUAGAUCUCGGCGGGAAGGACCUGGCCCUCAUAUGGAUGGGUGGCUCUUUCCGCACUGGUGAGCCCUUGGGCUGUCUCAAGGCCACAUGGUAUGUUCAUCUCUGGGGUUCAUUUGGGCUGGAGACACAGGGGCAGACCCCAGGAUACUGCAAGAGGCCCUGACAGCCUUAUGCAGGUGCUGGGGGGAGUCCGGGCCCCUGACAUCUGUUGUUAUCUCCGGGCUCAGCAGUUCUGUGUCUAGUGACCUAAUGGCCACUUUCCUCUGCCUUAGAUGCCUCAACAUCCAGCUCUGGGCCAAAGGUUUUGGAGUCUUUCCGCUCUGGAGGCUCAACCAUGGUUUACUCUCAGUGUGCUGGGCCACGCCCACUGCAGCCCCCGGCCUCAGACGACCACCCUCUUGUCUCUCCUCUCAGCCUCCCUCAGGGCCUGGCUCUCCCCUCUCAGCGCAGGGUCUACCAGAUAGCUAGUGCUUCUCCACCCCACCCCCACCCUCUUUCUCACAGCAGACAGUCAAUGAGAUUUUUUUUCCCAACAGGUUUCCUCUCCGACCUCCAGGUCUUGGGUCAUACCCUAGAUGUCCCUAGGUGCAUCAGUGCCAAGUUCAAGAUGGGGUCCCAGGUCUCGGUGGAUAAGGGAGCCGUGCACGUGGUGAUCGUGGGCGGAGGCUUUGGAGGGAUAGCGGCCGCCAGCCAGCUGCAGGCGCUGAAUAUCCCCUUCAUGCUGGUGGACAUGAAGGAUUCCUUCCACCACAAUGUGGCAGCCCUCCGGGCCUCCGUGGAAAGUGGGUUCGCCAAAAAGACAUUCAUUUCUUACUCAGUGACCUUCAAGGACAACUUCCGCCAGGGCAAAGUGGUUGGCAUAGACCUGAAGAACCGUACAGUGUUGCUCCAGGGCGGUGAGGCCUUGCCCUUCUCACAUCUCAUCCUGGCCACAGGCAGCACGGGGCCCUUCCCUGGCAAGUUUAAUGAGGUGUCCUGCCAGCAGGCGGCCAUCCAGGCCUACGAGGACAUGGUGAAGCAGAUCCAGCGCUCGCAGUUCAUCGUGGUGGUGGGGGGUGGCUCGGCAGGAGUGGAGAUGGCGGCAGAGAUUAAAACUGAGUACCCCGAGAAGGAGGUCACUCUCAUCCACUCCAGAGUACCCCUGGCGGACCAGGAGCUCCUACCUUGUGUGCGGCAGGAAGUGAAGGAGAUCCUUCUCCGGAAGGGUGUGCAGCUGCUGUUGAGUAUCGGGGUGUGCAACCUGGAGGACCUGCCUCUCAAUGAGUACCGGGAGUACAUCAAGGUGCAGACAGACAAGGGCACAGAGGUGGCCACCAACCUGGUGAUUGUGUGCAACGGGAUCAAGAUUAACAGCUCUGCCUACCACAGUGCAUUUGAGACUAGACUGGCCAGCAAUGGUGCUCUGAAAGUGAACGAGUUCCUCCAGGUGGAAGGUUACAGCAAUAUUUAUGCCAUUGGUGACUGUGCCGAUGUUAAGGAGCCCAAGAUGGCCUACCAUGCUGGCCUGCAUGCCAACGUUGUCGUGGCCAACAUUGUCAACUCCAUGAAGCAGAGACCCCUCAAAGCCUACAAGCCAGGUGCACUGACGUUCCUCCUGUCCAUGGGCAGAAACGAUGGCGUGGGCCAGAUCAGUGGCUUCUACGUAGGCCGCCUCAUGGUGCGGCUGGCUAAGAGCCGGGACCUAUUCAUCUCCACAAGCUGGAAAACCAUGCGGCAGUCUCCACCGUGACAGGGAGGCUGCGUGGGAGUCGAGGGUACCGCUUGGAGGGGGGUGACGGACUGUCGACCAAGGACACCCUCCUGACAGGUGCCAAGGGCAGAAGCUCUUUGUCCGGAUCAUGGUGUCAGUCGUGUGCUGGUCGGAAAGAUAACUUUAUAAAGCCCCAAAUGAGAACAGAGAGUAAAGGAGGGAAGACAUUAAAAAAGGCAAAAAAAAAAAAAAGCCCUAGAAGAUUCUUUCUGGGUUUGGGAGGUCCGCUUGCAGCUGUGUUAGCGGAAGGGGCUUAGGGAGGCAGAGGCAGCUUUCUGUACCGUAAGGGUUUGUACUUUCCUGUCUGCUGGUCUGUGUGUGCACGUGAAUCUGCGGGUCUGUGUGUGCACGCGAAUGCACAGGGCUUUGGGUGUCGUGUGCAGCGCUCCCGUUGGGCAGAGUUGGGCUCCUGGAGAGGGCAUCCUGUCUGCAGUCUAGUAAAUGGAGCCCACAGCGUGAGAGCAGCUGAAGAAAGAGGGCUGGGGUGGGCGGGGAGAUGGCCUGCGCCUGGAGUCUCUCCUCACUCGGGGUGGGGAAGCUUGUCCAUCCCACAGUGAGUAGGGGAUUAAUAGGGGCCUCAUUUUAUUCCCCGAAACUUAACAGUAUCUGCACUCUGCUCUCCCUUUCUUCCUCUCCCCCCACCAGCCCCCCUCUCUCUCCAGGGUUUAUCUACAUUAUUCAGAUUGGCUUUGAACUCCUGAGCCCAAGUAAUGCUCCUGCCUCAGCUUUUCUAAUACCUUGGGACCUCCUUUAACUUUCAUGAGCCUUUAUCUCCGUUUUCAUCGGACUGUAGGUCACAGGGACAUUGACAAAGAGUUAUACAGAAUUCCCCUCUAGCUAGUCCAGCGGUUGCUGAAAUCUUUCCCCAGGGGGGAGAUAUAAGCAACAUCUGCCCCUUCUCUUAAGGUCCCAAUGACAAACUGAGGCAUGAGUCUGUCAAACUUUACUCUGGGGAACCAUGAGUUUACUGGGGUUCCUUACAUAGUAUCUGAGGGAUGUGAGUACAUCUCCCUAAUAGGCCAAACCUGGAAACCUUUAACCAGCAGGGAUGAGAGCUUCCUAGCUAUGGGGCAGCAUAAAUGGAGCACCUCUCUCCUAGCCUUUCCCGGCCUAUAUGCUCUAGCCCCUUGAGGCCACAUGUAAUUAAGUCAGCGUUGCACACAACAGGUGGUUGGGAGCUUCUGGAUACACAGGUGAGGGUCUCCUGCCUCCCCACCACUCCAUGAGGGGAUAAAAAGUCAACAGGGCCAGCUGGGACAGUCCUUUUAAAAAGGGGAGCAGCUGAACCCCCCCAGGAUGACAGUUGCUUGGCUCUUGAGGACAGUUAUUCAAACACUAUCCUAGCAGGGUGAGGGGCUAAGGGAAACCCGUUUUGCCAACUACCAUAGGAAUCCCAGGAAGGAGACCCGUGACUUGAGGAGGUUACUAGCUGCUUGAUCUUCAGAGAUCAGAUGGGCAUCUGUGGAUGAUUGCUAGUGAUUUCCAGGUUAUCAUUGCAGGCUGGGGGUGGGGGUGGGGGUGGGAGGCCAUGCUGCCGAUUUCCUGGCCAGCUCCUGUCACUUGGGCCCUCACUGGCCAUCAUAUCUACUAUAGACUGCUAAGGUACACGAAUGACUUCUUUAUCCAAGUGAGCUCGUCUAGAAGGGAAAAGCCAACUGUGCAUGGCCUAAGUUGAGUGUCUAUGGCAGAGGAGACUGUGAGGCCACUCCGGUAGAGUCAGGCAUGACUCUCUCCACCCUGCCUCUUCCUGCUUGCUUUUGGCCUUGGCCUCCGGUUAUGGGUGGCGGAGUCCUUGACCAGUAGUCACCCUGGGGCUUCCAGUCCAGCCCCCUUUGGAUUAUGGCUAAGGUCUAUUCCAUUUAGUUGCACAGGCUGCAGCUGAGACUUGAGUCUCUCGCCCAGAGAAUGAGGAUCCAUUGGCAGUUUUGUGCCCAGGUUGACUGUUUGUGGAUGCUAGACAGCAGACUCACCCUCUCUGAAGGUAGGAUCAGCCACCCGCAGAAAGCCUGCCAUGACGUUGGCUGACCAGGAGCCUUAGAGAGCACGGUGAGACUCUUCAGUGACUGGCCUUGCGAAGUUUCUUUACAACACUCUAGAAGAAUCUACCCAUGGAGACACAGUUUCCCAAGAGGAGGAACUGUGGUAAUAAACGGUUAUGUUAUAAGAAAGACACUGGAUCUUUUUUUUUCCUUUCAUUUUUCUUUUUCUUUAAAAAACAAAACUGAACAAAGAAAGAUCCCGAGGCAAAAAUCCUUUUAGGUGUAGUUACAAAUAUUUUAGGGGUCAGGGAGGGGACCCUAUAACAGAAGAGAAAAGCACCCUAGAACGUCUUUCCCAUCUUCUCUUCACUGAGGGAGACAACCAAUACACCCAAGUGGCCGUCACACCCUCUUCACUUGGAAAGAGGAGGAACCAAAGUCUUAAGACCUUUUGAAAAGACUUGUGUGUGUGUGUGUGUGUGUGUGUGUGUGUGUGUGAGAGAGAGAGAGAGAGAGAGAGAGAGAGAGAGUAAAAGUCAGUGCUAUAAAUCUAAACAAGGUCUAUUUUUAUGUUUGUUUGUUUUUUUAAAAAAAGUUCUAAAACAACAGGAAGAAAACACAUGGAAAGAAACCCCUGGCGGAGACCUGGUUAAUUUCGGGAGAGGCCCUUUGUAAAGAGAAUAUAAAAUGCGCUGGGCCCCUUCCCCAGGCAGGCAGGACCUGUUCCCACGGCCUUUGCUACCUUCUCAGCCGCCCUCUGCUCCCAUGCCAUGUCACCCUUUCUCAAUCCUUUUAAAAAAUAAAACCCCUGCUCUUGUGACGUGA